CAAUCCCUCUAUUCCAUCCUCACCCACAUUGCAGUCUUACAUUGCUGUCCUGUCUUCAUUCUUCAUUGAAUCACCGUAGCGCUGUUCAGACAUGCAAUCACAUGCCCUUUCUUUACAGACCAACGGUUCUCCAACCAACGAUAGCAAAGUCAUUACUAUCGGUGUCAGUGGUCCAUCAUCUGGCGGUAAAACGACAACAUCUCGUUAUCUGAGAUCAAUUCUUCCAAACAGUACCCUUAUUCACCAGGAUGAUUUCUAUCUUCCCGAAGACCAGCUUCCACUUGAUCCCAAGACUGGUCUAGCUAACUGGGAUUGCCCAGAAGCCAUCGAUUUCACGACCAUGAUUAAUACUCUGACCUUUGUCAAGGAGAAGGGCUAUUUUCCUGCAGAAUUUGAUUCGUUAGAGGAUAAAAACCCUGUAGGAUCAAACACAUCAUCAACUCCGAUCCCAGAUCAAGUUCUAAAAGAGAUGAGAGAUCAGAUCAUGAGCCAAAUUUCUUCCGAUGUUGACAGAACUAAUCUAAAGUUUGUGAUCCUGGAUGGAUUUCUGCUCUAUGUGAACGAGCAGCUGCGAAAUACAAUCGAUAUCAAGUUCUUUUUGACAGCACCUUACCAGAUCUUGAAGGAAAGGCGCGAGUCUAGAGCAGGAUAUGCCACGCUAGAAGGGUAUUGGAUUGAUCCACCUGGUUACUUUGAUGACAUUGUGUGGCCCAACUACAAGGCCUGUAACGAACCAUUUGUUAAGCUCACAGAAGCUAUGGAAGCAGGUGAAGAGACUGGUGUAUACAACAAGGAGUCGCCACGAUCUGAGCCUAUGACGCAAGGAGUCGACAUUAUCUCAUCUGGCAGCGGUUCCAUUUACGCUAUGGUCAAGACAGUUUCAAACCUGCUGGGUGAACGCCUGUCCGAUUUGACUCGACUACCGGCUUCGUUAUCAUAGUUGUAAAACAGUACACAUACUCUUUGUAUAGGAUAUAGCCC